UUUAAGUUUGGUUUAUGUGGUUUUGAUUAAAGCAUGAACCAUAUUUUUAUAAAAAAAACUAACAACCUCACCUCUUUUUUACAGCUCCAAGUGCACACCACGUUUGAAUCGCUUUGCGAAGCCGUACCCAUAAAGUAUCUGCCAAAGGAAUAUGGUGGCGAGAAUAGCAGCAUUGAGGAGAUUGUUGCUAGAACUGAGCAGUUAAUUUUGGAAUAUCGUGAAUAUUUAUUGGAAGAGAAGUAUUAUGGUGUUGAUGAGAAGUUACGUGUGGGAGGCGGUUCAAUUAAUACCGAACCAUUAUUUGGUUUAGAAGGUACAUUUCGAAAACUGGAUGUGGACUGAAAAAAUAGCAAAUAAGAAAUUAGAGUUAAGAAUAUUAUAUUUGUUAGUGCUAAGAAAAUUAGGCUUUCAGUGGUAAUAAGUAAAUAGGGAAAUGAAAACUGUC